UGGUUAAAUUAAUUGAUAGGGAAAUAAAACAUAUCAUGUCAUAUCAAAAAUAUAAACCACACGUUGUUGAUUUCCAGGCCCGCCCGAUGACCCGAUACCUGCCCAUUCGCAAAGAGGAGUUUGACCUCCGUUCCCACAUCGAGUCCUCAGGUCACAGCGUGGACAUGUGCUACCACGUGAUUCUCACCGAAAAGAUGUGCAAGGGCUAUCUUGUCAAGAUGGGAGGGAAGAUCAAAUCCUGGAGGAAGCGCUGGUUCGUCUUUGAUCGCCUUAAAAGGACGUUUUCCUACUACGCCGAUAAACAUGAGAGCAAAUUGAAGGGCGUCAUCUACUUCCAGGCUAUCGAGGAGGUUUACUAUGAUCACCUGCGCAGUGCCACAAAGAAAGGAUUUUUCAAUCUGAAUUUGACAAACGUACGUAUCGCUCUCCACCGCUAUCACCCUAUCCUGCAUGUUUGCUUAGAGGAAAUUGCUCUAAUUUGUGCAUAUUUCACACACUUACUUCCUUGUGACUAAUUAACAUACCUCGUCUUGUAUUGUUUUGAAUAACUGGACUAUUGGCACCUUCACUUAGUGGAUAUUUGUUUUUGUUUUUUUUGCAGUUACUGAGGAUGAGAGUAUAAUGUAAUUUACAACCUGUGUGUGUUUCUCUUAAGUGUUUCUUUACUACUCCCACCUGUGGUGAGAUACUAAGUGUGUGUAUAACGUAAUAGCCCCACAGAAGCAGUUGUGUGGUGUAUUGUACGCCGUCAGCUUCACAUUGUAUAAUGUAAUGGGUUAAC